AUGAUUUUUGAAAUUUUGAAAAAGUCCUUAGAUGGCACAGCUUCAGCUCGACUCGGAAGACUGAGUGUACCCAAGCGGAAAACCAUCGAGACGCCUAAUUACUAUGCCGUCGCUUCAAGGGGUGUACUUCCUCAUGUCACGCCUGAUAAUUUGAAGAAACAUGCGCCCUUCAGUGGAGCGUACAUGGCACUCGAAGACUUCAUCGAGAAGAAGAAUCCUUCAGCACUGUCAAUACCCUCGCCAGACAAAAAGCCACUCCACACCUUUUCCUGCCUACCAGAGAGCAUAGCUACGGUUCUUGCUGCCAGAAGAAGCCCGGCGGUUAAGACCCCCGUGGGAAAUGGUGCGAAGUUCGUGGCCAUUUUCACCUCGACCGGCUUCAGGAACCUCUCCACCGACGAGUACUGUGCGGCUGUCGAGACGUUGAAGCCUGACAUCGCCAUCGGUCCCGCUGAUCUAUUCCACACGAGCACGAUGCCGGCCGCAAAGAAGCUCGUUCGCAUGGCCGAGCGAACCGAGGAAUGGACCGACGUCUUUCUGACGACCAAGAGGCGUGAGCUUCUCAAGGAGUCCGGGGUUUCGGUGUUUGCGCCUGUUCUUGCAGUGCCAUACACUGUGCAGUGGGAAUACCUUCGCCAUCUGGCGGACGAGGUUGUCGACUCGCUUUCGGGACUAGCUCUCUACGAUAUUGAUAUCUUGCCCGAUAUCGAGGACCACCACAAGUCCCUGAAUUCUCUUCCCCGCCUAUCCUUGCACAUUCCUGAUACUCCGCAAGCCAUUCUCCGACAGAUCUCUCUGGGAGUCGACGUUUGCACGAUACCAUUCAUCAACGCCAUCUCCGACGCAGGUGUAGCGCUCUCCUUCACUUUCCCACCACCCGGAAGCCAAGACAAUGCUAUCAAGCCUCUCGGCGACGACAUGUGGGCUCCCGAGAACGAGAUAGCCGUAGAGCCCCUUUCCCAGGGCUGCAAGUGCUACGCCUGCAUGACACACCACAGGGCCUUCCUCCACCACCUCUUGAAUGCCAAGGAGAUGCUCGGCUGGACGCUGCUGCAAAUCCACAACCACCAGGUGAUAGCUGACUUCUUCGCCGGCAUCAGGGCGACCCUCGCAAAGGGCGCCGCGGAGUUCGAGGAGCAGUCGGAGCGCUUUGUCGCGGCGUACGAGGCAGAGCUCCCGCAGGGCACGGGGACGAGACCGAGGGCGAGGGGCUACCACUUCAAGGGCGAGGCAAAUCCUAGCAGGAUCAACCCGCCGGCGUGGGUCGACUACGCUGCGGACGGCGAGGACGUCGCGGCUAAGGCGAAUGGGGCGGCGGUAGCAGCGGAGGGCACUGAGACGCCGCUUGUGCCGGAUUUGGGCUCGCUGGAACUCGAGGAGAAGGGGUUCGCUGAGGUUGCUGGCAAGAACUAG